AUGCCGCCCCGAAUAAAUAUCCCGCCGGUGACGCGCAUCCUCCUCAUCGCGCUUCUCGGCCAGUCCCUCCUCAGCGCCGCGAUCCGAUAUCGACAAUGGACCGCCCACGCCGACAUCGUCAUCCCCUACCUGACGCUGGUGCCGCAGCUGUCCAUCAUCUACCCGUGGACCUUUAUUACGUCGACGUUUGUUGAGAGUAACGUUUUCACACUCGGUAUCGCCGGCGUCACGCUGUAUCAUGGAGGACGCUAUCUGGAGAGAGCCUGGUCUUCGGCCGAGCUGGCCAAGUUCCUGGCCCUCGUGUCCUUGAUCCCCAACUUCUUGACCCUCUGCGUCAUGGUUCUCUUCUUUACCCUGACGCGCAACGAGAGCUGGACACUAACCGUCAUUGCCGGAACGAUCCCUGUUCAGAUCUCCUUCCUCGUCGCCUUCAGCCAGCUCGUGCCGGCUCAUACGGUGACUCUCUUCCGCGGCAUCCUAUCCCUCCGAGUGCCUCGAUUCCCGCUGGUCUACAUCGGCAUCGUCUUUCUUCUGUCUCUUACUCCUGUUCUUACGAGGGCCGCCCUGUGGCUCGCUAUCUUUGGUUUCCUUACCAGCUGGACCUACCUCCGAUUCUACAAGACCGUCUUCCCCGAUCUUGAGUCGUCUCAACCCGCCUCCCAGCGCGGCGAUGCGAGCGAGACGUUUGCGUUUGCCGAGUUCUUCCCCGGCCCCGUGAAGCCCUUUGUGGCUGCGGUCGCUGACCAGAUCUUCCUGGUGCUGGUGGCCAUGCGAGUUUGCACGCCCUUCUCCCAGGGCGAUACCUCCCGAAACGACCAGCGGAUUCACCGUAACGCCCCUGGAGGUGCCCGCGCCGAGGCUGAGAGGAGGAGGGCCAUUGCACUCCGAGCUCUUGACCAGAGGCUUCACGCUGCCACGGCCAACCAGGCGCCAGCGCGGCCGUCCCAGCCUCCCAACCGGCCCUCGGGUCCAACUGUGCAGAGCCAGCCUCAGCCUGCAACUCAGACGGCCAUGACUUCGUCUCCUGGCCCGAUGCUAGGCGAGACCAAGUUCGAGCCUGACCACGACGACUCCAAGAGCUAA